AUGUCUCAGCCCGCAGAUCCGAGCAUAUUGCGCGCCCGUGUUAUAAAGGUCCUUGGCCGCAUUGGUGCCUGCGGUACGACAGAGGUGCGUUUGGAGCUCCUGGGUUUUCCUCGCACCCAAAUCCUGCACUGCGUGAAAGGAUCUGUGCGUGUGGGGGAUAUUAUCAAUAUUAAGGACAACGAAGUGCAAGACGAGCAGGAUAAUUGGCAGUCUUCAAAUGUUGUUAAUAAUUCCAAAUUUACAUAUCAUUAAACCUUUUAUAAAUAGAAUAUGCUGGCAAAAUUUAAAUUUAAACAAACUGUAACUACUUUAUUUAAAUGAAUGAUUGACUGACGAAACCGCAAAUUGCACAACAAUA